AAACUGUUUUGUGCUUUUAUAAUAUUUUAUUUUCAUUUCUAUAAUUAAUUAAGUUAAUGCGAUGCUCAUAACGUUUUUAAUUAGUUUUAAAUUAGUUAAAGGAAACGCUGAAAAUCUUGAAUGAAAACAAUAUGGAUACGGCUGACACCGAAGCGUCUCGCAAAUCCAACGAUCCAAAUUUAGUUGAACCGAAAAUAUAUGAGCAACUGAUAGAAAGUAUUGAAAUUUCAAGCCACAGUGAAGCUGCAAACAUUGCACAAGAACAAGUGGAGUGUAUUAGUGAAAUUGUGUGUUUGGAAGACACACCUGUGUACAAAAAAGAUGAUUCUUUGGCUAACAGGACUGCCAGAACCUAUAAAGCAAAGAAAUCACCAGAAAAAGACCUGCAUGAAGUCGAUAUAAGUAAUGGUUUUAAACCUGAUGUACAAGUUAACCUAAAAACCUAUAGCAAGAAGAAAUCGCUGCCAUUUGAAAGUUUUGGACUCCCUGAUGAUGAUCCCAUUGUUCCUAGUACUUCCAAAGUGAUAAAUAGUGAUUAUUGUGAGUUAAGCCUGAAUCUUGACAUUCUUGGAGAACCAGUGCUUGGAAAACCCUGGGAUUUUAAUAGUUUUAAUAUUGGUGACAGUUUCAUAUUUUACUCGGAAGACAUCAGGUUCAAAGGUAAUGUGGACAAUAUAACCAAAAAGAUUAAAAGAGCCAAAUCAGCCUUAUCAUUAUUUAAUGAAAGCAGCUUGUUAGACUUAUCUGCACUUAGCCCUGAAAAAGAGCAGCUUAACAACGUUUUUAUUUCCACACCUGACACCAGGAAUAUGAAGAGACCACUGAAAAAUUUUAACGGGGUUAAACCUCUGGUGCCCAACGCUUUUAAUAAAGUGGAACUAAAAAACAAAAAUUCUAGUCCCAAGAUUGAUAACAAUGUCAUUGAAAUCAGCUCGGAUGAAAGCAAUUUUCAAAGUUCAAUGCAAGAUUUGAAAAAGUUUCAGUUUAAAAAAGUGGAAGCUAGUGAUAGAAAAGUUAAGAAUAGGCAGAGAAAAACCAAAAGCAUGGGUGAUAUAUUCGAUAAUAGCCAAUCCAACUGUGUUCAACCAAAUAAUAACUCUAUUAGCACAAUAAAGCUAAGGUCGAAAAGUAAAGAUAAAGGUGAUAAAAAUGUAAUUACCAAGAAAAACAAUGGAAAAAUCAACACUGCCAAUGAUAGUACAAAACAAAUUGAAAAACCUGUUAUCAGAACUAAAGGGAGGUCAAGAUCCAAAAAAACAAGUAUAGAAGAUAAAACAAAAGACAUAACCAUAGGAGACUCUUCAAAAAUUAACCCUAAGCCUCCUGAACUAACAACAGAUAUAAAUGAAAAAACCAGAACUAAAACCAUCCGAGAAUUGAAAAAAAAGAAUUAUGUAGCUGACAACCUUAUUCUAAAUAGACGCGCGUUAAGAUCAAGUGAUUCCAUUCCAUUUGUAAAUGAAAUAGAAUCGAUUUCUCCAAUUCCAAAAGCCAAAAAUAAAAAUAUAUCACUAAAAGACCAAUCAUAUAUUGAAGAAAUAGCCAAUGACUUAUUGGAAUCUACCAAAACCCUAGAGGCUCAGGAAAAAAGUGACAUAUUUUUUGUUGAGGAUGAAGAUGUAGUUUUUACCAUUAGCAAUUCUAAGAAAUCUUCAUUUUUAAGUAAAUCCCAAGAAUGUAUAGCUAGCCUUACAAUAAAUGAAGACAAAUCUUUAUUAUCUGAAACAAAACCAAGAAUCAGAGGAAGACUUAAAAAGAAAUCUUCAUUUCUAAGUAAAUCUCAAGAAUGUAUUGCUUACCUACCAAGAAAUGAAGACAAAAUUUCAUUAUCUGAAACAAAACCAAGAAAAAGGGGAAGACCAAGAAAAAAAUCUUCAUUUCUAAGUAAAUCUCAAGAAUGUAUUGCUUCCCUACCAGGAAAUGAAGACAAAUCUUCAUUAUCUGAAACAAAACCAAGAAGCAGAGGGAGGCCAAGAAAGAAACGCAAAACCAUAGAACCAAUAAACAUAGAACUAUUUCCAACCCCAAGAAAGAACAGAUCUCUUUCAUUGGAUUCUGAGGCACCUGCCAAAAAUAGGAGCACUCCUCAGCAAAUAAAUCUCUUGGAAGACUUGAAAUUAAAAGGUGGAUCAAGUUUUGGGCAAGAAAACACAUCCAAUGAAAUGCCCAGAAGAAGUCUGCGAUCUUUCCAUGUUCCAGAAAGUAUAGAAAAAAUGGAAAUUGAGCCUAGUGAAGAAGCACCCUGUAUAAAAACCAAUAAUGAAGAAAUUCUGGAUAAAAAUGUGAAGAACAUAAAUGAUUUGUUAAGUCAGAAUGGUAUUACUUCUGAAAUAAGGAUAAUUUUAAAACAAUUUGGGGAUUUGGAAAAAACUGAUACAGAAAAUAAUUCUGUAGAUGAAGUUUUCAAAUCUGCUGUUGCAAACUCUUGUAUACCCACAGACAAUGUUGAUUUAAGUACCAAGAAAUCCAAAAAUAUUGGUAAACAUGUAAAUAAGUCUGAUACUCGCAAAUCUUUAAGAUCCUCCAAAUCUUUUCUUUCUAGUAAAAGAAAUACUUUGGAAGCAAAGGAAAUUUCCUCGGAAAUUUCAGUUAAUGUGGAAGAAGCAAUGUCUUCUAAAUCUUCCCAACAGGUUUUAGAAAUUAAUAAAGAACCAAUAAUAACUAAAGAAGUUCAAGAACCAAAAACUAUUAAAGGUGAUCCUAAAAAUCCUGUUUCCAAUGAGACUCCAUUAAAAACAUUGGAAAAAAGGAAAUCUAGAUCAAAGUCAGUAAAAAGUCUUAAGGAAACAUCAGUAAAUGAAUCAUCAGAAGAAAAAAGUAGGAACACAAAAACCGUGAAAUCAAGUGAAGAUUCUGAAUUGAAAAAUAAUGAAGAAACAAUAUUAACUGACAAAGUUCAGGAACCAAAGACUAAUGGAGCUGAUUCCAAUGAUACCUUAUCAAAAACAUUGGAAAAAAGAAACUCUAGAUCAAAGUCAGUAAAAAGUCUCAAGAAAACAUCAGUAAAUGAAUCAUCAGAUGAAAAAAGUAAGGACACAAAAACCGUGAAAUCAAGUGAAGAUUCUGAAUUGAAAAAUAAUGAAGAAACAAUAUUAACUGACAAAGUUCAGGAACCACAAACUAAUGGAGGUGAUUCUAAAAAUCGUGUUUCCAAUGAGACUUCAUCAAAAACAUUGGAAAAAAGAAAAUCUAGAUCCAAGUCAGUCACAAAAACUGUGAAAUCAAGUAAAAAUUCUGAAUUGAAAAAUAAUGAAGAACCAAUAUUAACUAAAGAAGUUCAGGAACCAAAAACUAUUGAAGGUGAUUCUAAAAUUCGCAUUUCCAAUGAAACUCCAUCAAAAACAUUGGAAAAAAGAAAAUCGAGAUCAAAAUCUAGAAAAAGUCUUAGUGAAUCUUCAGUAAAUGAAUCAUCAGAAGAAAAAAGUAAGGACACAGAAACUGUGAAAUCAAGUGAAAAUUCUGAAUUGAAAAAUAAUGAACCAAUGUUAACUAAAGAAAUUCAGGAACCAAAAACUAGUAUUUCCAAUAAAACUCCAACAAAAACAUCAGAAAAAAGAAAAUCUAGAUCAAAGUCAGUAAAAAGUCUCAAAGAAACAUCAGCAAAUGAAUCAUCAGAAGAAAAAAGUAAGAACACUAAAACCGUGAAAUUGAGUGAAAAUUCUGAAUUGAAAAAUAAUGAAGAACCAAUAUUAACUAAAGAAGUUCAGGAACCGAAAACUAUUGAAUAUCAUUCGAAAACUCCUAUUUCCAAUGAAACUCCAUCAAAAACACUCGAAAAAAGAAAGUCUACAUCAAAGUCAGUAAAAAGUCUUAACGAAACAUCAGUAAAUGAAUCAUCAGAACAGAAAAGUGAGAAAACAAAAACCGUAAAAUCAAGUGUAAAUUCUGAAUUAAAAAAUAAAGAAGAACCAAUUUCAACUGAAAAAGUUGAUGAACCAAAAACUAUUGGAGGUGAUUCUAAAAACCGUGUUUCCAAUGAGACUCCAUCAAAAUCAUUGGAAAAAAGAAAAUCUACAUCAACGUCAGUAAAAAGUCUUGAUGAAACAAAAGUAAAUGAAACAGAACAAAAAAGUAAGGACUUAAAAACAGUGAAAUCAAGUGCAAACUCUGAAAUAACUGAAAGAAGACGUUCUUCAAGAAUAUCAAAAGGUUCCGAAUCGGAAGUCAGUGAAAAUGAGUCCAUCACAGAGAAAAUGCCACCACCAUUGGAAAAAAUUAAACCAAAAAAAUCGAGAAAAAAACCCAAAAUUGAAAUUAAUCAAGAUUCUGAUUCAGAGACGUUUGAAAAUUUUACUUCAAAGAAUGUUGUAACCCCGGAUUUACAACAUUCAAAUUCUAUAGAAUCCCCCACCGAAGCCAGCACAGUUAAACAAAUUAAAGACCAGCCUAAAACAUCCGAGGAUAAAGCAAUAAUAAAAGAAUGCGAAAUAAAAAUAAUUCAGUCGCCCUUGAAACAGUUGAAAGAAUUCCAUGAUAAAUGUGCUAAUAAUAAGGCAACUUUAAAGAUAUUUAGCGAUUUGGAAUGUAAAAAAAAUAUAUUGGAUUUCAAAGAUGUUAAACGUGUUAACAAAGAAGAACAAACAUUGGUAGCUGAAGCAAGUUGUUUAGAUGAUAUAAGCACCAAACCAACCAAAGAAUCGAUAGGUUUAGAAAAAGCCAUUGUAGAAUCAGAAAAAUUAGAAAUUCCUGAAAACCUUGAUAUGGAAGUUAGUCAAUCCUCAGAAAAUCCCGAAAUAUCUGCAGGUGAAGAGGUAACACAAACAGAGAUUUCCAAUAUUGUUGAAGUAAGCAAGUCCACCGAAAUUAUUAACAAUGCGUCUCCAGAAACAAUGGCUCAGGAAAAUGAGGGACCAGAGUUAAAGAAAAGGAGGUCAACAAGAGUACUGAAAAAUUUGGAGAAUGAAGUAAUAAACAUCACAGAAAAUGUGGAGAAAGAUAAUUUACCAAAAACUAUAACUUCAUCAGAAGCAGAAGUUCAUAAAUGCACACAAAUCGAAACUCCAGAAAAUCUUACAAUUAAUGAUGAUACAGACCAUAGCAAACUUAAAACUUCAGAAGUAAUCGAGUCCACUGAAAUUAUUAACAAUGCGUCUUCAGAAAAAGUGUGUCAGGAAAAUGAGGGACCAGAGUUGAAGAAAAGGAGGUCAACAAGAGUACUGAAAAAUUUGGAGAAUGAAGUAAUAAAUAUCACAGAAAAUGUGGAGAAAGAUAAAUUACCAAAAACUAUAACUUCAUCAGAAGCAGAACUUCAUAAAUGCACAGAAAUCGAAACUCCAGAAAAUCUUACAAUUGAUGAUGAUACAGGCCAUAGUAAACUUAAUGGCAAACUUGAAACUUCAGAAGAUUCCUUGAAGGAGAAUUGUGAAGAAAAACAGGAUGAAAUACAGAAAGACUUGGUUAAAAAGUCUCCAAGGAAAAAUUGUUUAUCUCCAAAUAAAGUCGAAAAUAGAAGAUCACCAAGAGUAACCAGGAAUCCGAAGGAAGAUGUCGGCAACAAAAUGGCGAAGCAGUUUUUGGAUUUUGGCCGAGAGAAUGAAACAAUCAAUGGUAUUGUACCAAAUAAAAUUGAUAGGUUGGACAAAACAACAGAUUCAAAAUUAGAAAGUGCUGAAAACAUUCAAACAGGUCAAAUUUCUUCUGAAUCAGACGCAUUCUCUAAAAACACGAACACGAAAGAUUUAAAUGCUGAAAAUUGUUCAGUUACGAGUUCUUCUACCAAUGGAAAUACCCCCAAAAAGUUGGAAACAGAGGAUUUAAAUGUAGUUGACAAAAAUUGCACCAUAACAAGUUCUCCUAAACACUUGGAAAAAGGAGAAUCAGCAUGUGUUAUAAAAUCUCCUUGCAAGGGAAACUUCAAAGUUAUUUAUAAUAAGACUCAAACUGUGCAGGUUUCUUUUGAAUCAACUUCAACGUCCGAAACUGCAAAUUUAAAAUCACCAGAAAGUAAGAAACUUACACCCAAAAAGGCUAACACCGCUCAAGUUUCUUUGGAUUCAGGUGCAUCAUAUGAAAACGAAAUUUCAAAAUUAAAAAGAACAUACAACGUUUUAAUCACAAGAUCUCCUGAUAAGAGAAAAACAUCGAAAAAUUUGGAAGGCAAGGCUCAAAUAGAGCAAGUUUCUUUAGAAUCUACUGCAUCAUCUAAAACAGAAAAUCUCUUAGAAAACGAGGCUGAAACCCAAAUUUCUUUAAAGUCCACCAAAGAUAAGAGAAAAACAUCGAAAAAUUUAGAAGAAAAGUCUCAAAUAGAGCAAGUUUUCUCAGAAUCUACUGCAUCAUCUAAAACAUCAAAUCUACAAUCUCAGGAACAGAUUCCUUUAGAAAACGAGGUUGAAUCCCAAAUUUCUUCAAAGUCCACCAAAGAUAAAAACGAAAUUGUUUCAGAAAGUUCACAAACAGAGGUUGAGGUCGACUCAGAAAACGCUUCAUUGCCUGAGGUUGAGCCAGUUAAAAUACCCGAAGUGGACUUUGAAUUAGAAACCCCUGUAAAUGUAGUUCAUACAGACGAUAAUGCUGCCAAAAAGAACACAGUGGAAAUGAUAAGUAAAACAUCAUUAAAAGAGCAGAAUACAUCUGAAGAAGCAGUCAUAGUUAAUGGGGCUAAAACAAUAAAUACAACAUUGGUAAAAAGUAUUAAUGAGAAUAAAGUGUGCCAAACAAUGGUGGUAAACAUAGAACAGGCGGAUUUAUCACCAACUAAAAAAUCACAAACUGAUGAAACCAUAAAUACCGAAACAGUAGUGAUUGAAGAUGAAGAAACAGAGCCAACAAAGGAGAAACCCAAUGAAAUAGUAGAAAUCAGAGAGGAUCCUGUCAUUGUUAUUGAAGAUACAGAACCCAGUGUUGCUAAUGAAUCCGAAGACGAAACGUUAUUGGAAAACGAAACUAUAGAGAUAGAUUCUGAUGAAGAAAAUGCUCCACUUUUAGAUCGCCUAAAGCAAAGAAAAUUGAUUUCUUCGGGUUCUGAGACCGCGUCAAAAAGCCAGUUAAAAAUACAAAAAAUAUUGCGACUGUCCAUAUCGACGGAAUAUGAAGUCAUCAAAGAUGGCGUAGCUGUUUCAGUAAAGGAUUCCGACGACAAGUCAACUGUGGGAAUUUCAGAUGACGAAUCAAUUAAAGAAGAAAUUUGUACUGACAGCGAAAGCGAAGAAAGUACCACGCAUAGAAGAAAAUCUUUAAGAUCCAGGGCUUCCAAUAGUAUCAACUAUGCUGAAAAUCGAAGCAACAAGUCUUCUGCGGAUUUAAGUAAAACGAAAACGUUUAAAAAACCUUUGAAACUAGAUUUCACCACUGAACCAAUUGCGGACAAAAUGAAAACUAACAUUGAAGAGGAGGUUAAGGAGGAAGAAAUUCUGGAGUCACCGGAUAUUAAUAUAGAAGACACCAAUUUCGAAUUAGGAGACAUUGUUUGGAGCAGAAUCGGCACGUGUCCGUUUUGGCCCAGUUUGGUUACAACAGAACCAGAUUCGGGAGAUUUUUAUAGACCAUGUGUAACUGCCAAAAAAAUUUCGCUUUAUCACGUUAGAUUUUUCGGCGACAAGGGGAGAAGGGCAUGGAUUAAAAACACGCACAUGGUACAUUUCUGCUCCAAGAACGAUUUGAACUUUAUUGCCAAGAAAAUGAAAGAAAAGGGAAAACAUAAUGUCGAAAUAAGCCAAUCUUGCGUAGUGCGCAAUUGUUGGAAGCAGAAAUGGCAAACUGGGGUGGAUGAAGCUAAGACGGUGAAAUCAAAAUCGUACCAGGAAAAAGUGGACUAUUUCAAAAAGGUUGUGGCUUCAAUGUCGGCUGCAAAGGAAAAGAAGGAAAUCCAGCCGAACGACGAUACCCUUAGCGUGAAAAGCGAGAGUUCCGACACGAAAUCUUUGAAAAGAAAGUACGAGAAAAUCAAAAGAGAUUCCGGUGCAGGCAAGAAAGAGUCCGAGUCGCCACCGAGGAAAAAAACGAAGGAAGAUCCGGACGAUGAAGUUUUCCUUCCGAGACUCAGGCACCGCCGCAAAGCGUCCGAAGACGAGAGCUCGGAUACGGAGUCGAAAGUGAGCGAGGUUAGCGUAAACGUGUCGGCCAUGUCGCAGCAGCGGGCCCUCUUCAACAGAAACAAACUCUUCAAGGGCGUCGCCAGGGACAAAGUGUGCCAGCUUUGCUUGAAACCCGACCAAGUGUACAGGUGCAAGGGUAAGUGCUAUGGAAGUUUCCAUUAUCAGUGCGCCAUGGAUAUCGCGGAGGGAAAAGUCGACGUUAAAAAGAAAGCUGCUAGGAGGAGCAACGAGGAAAAGAAGCAAGUGGACAGCAGGAAGACCAAUGAGGAAGUUAUAAAUGUUGAAGAACCAUCUACUACCCCAAGCGAUAAUCCCAGUACAACGGGAAACGAUUCAACCAAGACGACAGAUGGAGGUACGAAGUCGCCAUCAGGCAACGUCCAGAUUGUAACGGUACGGUCUCACAUCAACAACACGCCGCCGAAAAAAAAUUUCCCCGAUAAUUUCAAGACGAUGUCGCUCGCCGAACAAAUCGACUUCAAAAUGAAGGAGAUCAUGCGCAAGUUCGAGGCCAAAACGGUCUACAAAGAGUCCUCCACCGAUUCGAGUUGCGAUGAGCGCGAGAAAGCGACGUCGUUGUUGAAUAAAUCUGCGGCAACGUUGCCGAACAAAUCCGCUGAUGUUGUCGGUGUCGAGAAAAAUGGCGGUGCGGUGGAAAAGGAGGCUUCAAAAGAAGCGUUGGAGUCGGAAGCAGCCAAAGCACCCGAAACUGUUGAAGAGAAUAAGAAGGUUGAUGAGGCUGCAAAUGAAACCAGUCAAAAGGCGGAAUCGCCAAGUUUCAUUAUACAAAACGCUUUGAGCAAACGCGAGAAGUUGCGCCUGGCGCGUCAACGCAAGAACGAGAAGCGUCGCUGUAAACGCAGAGCGGAAAGUGACUUUCGUAAAGGUAUCGUGCGCCACGUCACCGCCGACGCCGACUUGGUUUCGGAGGAGCCCGAGUCGAUGGACGCGAAAAACUUCAAGUGCGGCUUCUGCGCCGCCAACCUCGACCCGCUGUGCGCCAUAUGCAUGAAGUACGCGAGCCCUGGCGGGUCCUCGGUGAGGCAGAAGUGCUCGCUGGGCUACUGCGGGAAGUACUACCAUCAAGAGUGCCUGAAGCCGUGGCCGCAGACGCAGUGGACGCUCACGCAGACCGUGCUCAACAACAGCGUGGUGGACACGUUCGUGUGCCCCAUCCACGCGUGCCACACGUGCGUGUCGGACGACCCGCGCAUGGCGCACGUGCACCGGUGCUCGUCGGACAAGCUCGUCCGGUGCCUCAGCUGUCCGGCGGCCUACCACCAGUCGAGCAUGUGCCUGCCGGCCGGCACGGAGAUCCUCACCGGCUCGCAGAUCGUGUGCCCGCGGCACAGCAAGUACAACCGCAAGCAGCAGAUCUGCAACGCGAACUGGUGCUUCCUGUGCUCGCGCGGCGGCAACCUGAUCUGCUGCGAGACCUGCCCGAUGAGCAUCCACCCGGAGUGCAUCACGAAAAAAAUCAACCCCGACGAGGCGUUUAUUUGCGAGGACUGCGAGUCCGGACGUUAUCCCCUCUACGACGAGAUCGUCUGGUGCAAGCUCGGCCACUACAGGUGGUGGCCAGGCGUCGUGCUCUAUCCCAACGAGAUACCGGACAACGUUCUCAAGAUUAACCACGACCGCGGCGAGUUCGUCGUGAAAUUUUACGGCACCUACGAUCACCAUUGGUUCAACAAGGGCAGAGUAUUCCUGUUCCACGAGGGCGACAAAGGCCAAAACAGCGCCAACAAGCAAGGCAUCGAUCUGCGAUUCCAAACGGCCAUCGAGGAGGCCACGAUAGCGCACAGAAUCAAGAAAGAGUUCAAAAACAGCAAGGAUAUCAAACGGCAGAACCUGAGCAAAAUACCGCCCUACAUCAAAAUUAAAGUCAACAAACCUGUGGGCAACGUCAGGCAGUUCGAUCCCAAUUUAAGCAACACGACACCUUGCGAGUGCGAUCCGAAGGCAGCGCAACCUUGCGGACCUGACAGCGACUGUCUCAACAGGCUUCUGCUGACGGAAUGCGAUGCUGACGUGUGCCCGGCAGGCACGCGCUGCUGCAACCAGUGCUUCGAAAAGAAGGAAUACCCGCCUCUGACGCCGGCGAGAACUUCGGAGCGCGGCUGGGGCCUGAAAACGCUGGCGCCCGUCAAAAAGGGCCAGUUUGUGAUCGAGUACGUGGGCGAGAUGAUAGACGAAACCGAGUAUCAACGAAGGAUCAAGAAGAUGCACGAGUGUCGCGAAGAGAACUACUAUUUUCUCACCAUCGAUAAGGAUAGGAUGCUCGAUGCCGGUCCGAAAGGUAAUGUGGCGAGGUUCAUGAACCACUCGUGUCAGCCGAACUGCGAGACGCAAAAGUGGACGGUGAACGGCGACACCAGGGUGGGCUUGUUCGCCACCGAAGACAUCCCCGCCAACACCGAGCUGACCUUCAACUACAAUCUGGAGUGCGUGGGCAAGGAGAAGAAGGUGUGCAUGUGCGGCGCCCCCAACUGCAGCGGCUUCAUCGGGGUCAAAGCGAAGUCCGACAUCCCGUCGAAGAAGGUGAAAAAGUACAAGCUGAAGAAGCACCUGAAAGCGACGAAACCCGUCAACGUCGUCAACAAGAAUCCCUGCUUCAUUUGCGGCAAAAAGGGUUUAGUUGAGGCGUGCAACAAUAAAAUUUGCACCAAGAGUUACCAUCUCAAGUGCGUUAAACUCGACGCGUGGCCUGAUGGAAAUAAAUUCAUUUGCCCCUGGCAUAAUUGCAAAGUUUGCACUAAAAGAACUAUUAGGUGUUGUGUUCAAUGCAUUAAUUCGUAUUGUCCUCAACAUUCUGAGGGAAAUAUCAGGCAUGAUAACCUUCUAGGAUUUAUCUGCUCAGAUCAUGAUCCAACAAAAUGCCCGCAGACGUUUUUGCCGCCGCCGAAGGUGUCGAAGAACCCGAAAAUCCUCGAGCUGACCGACGAAUCGACGGUGACGUCGACGACGUCGGAGGACGAGUGGCAGCCGACGACGAAGCGCCGCUCGAAGACGAAAAAGGCGCAAAAGCAGCGGCGCGAGAGCGACGAGGAGCCGCUGGCGAACCUGAUCAGGGCGGCCGCGCGCACCAACGACGAGAACGCCGUCUCCAGCGCGUCGCCCUCGGAGCGGCCCAGCAAGCGGGGCCGCCGCCUGAGCAGCAACGAGAGCGACCGCGCGCCCAAGAAGUCCAGGAGUCGACGCUCCCUCGCCGAAGCCGACUCGGAUCCCAACAGUAAGUACCUUUAAGGUUCGUUUUCACCGACUUUCCAGCUCCACGUCGAUCGAUAUAUUUGUAUGUCAUUUUUGUACUUGUAGCGUAAUUGUGGUCUUCUAGAGUACUUUUGAAUUUUUUUAACCGUUGGCCAAUGUAUUUAAGACUGAAACAUUUUAAGUCAUGGUCAUACUUUUUUUAAUUACAACCUCUUUUAUCAAAAACUCAUUUUUUAUUAUCACCUUGAACGCGUCUUCGUUAUGUUAUCC